AUGGAUGAAGGGCCAUAUAUACUUUUGUAUCCAGAUUGCUCAGAGGUGGUCAAUGUGCCUGGGACAGAGAGGCCAUUCGUUUUUGAAGACUGCAACCAAAGUGACUGCCCCAAACACAAACUAGAAGAUGUAGUCGUAAGUACCAAUUUGGCAAAUAUAGUAAUAUCUGAUACUGAGGAUACUCUACCUGAAUACAAUGUGACUAAGUCCACCUACUACAGAGAAGAGGUAAACAUUACACUACCUGAUGUCAUUGCAAAGCUGUCACAUCAUAUUGAUCAUGGAAGAGUUAGCCGGUUCAACAUUGCAAGGUCAAAUGUCUGGGAUGGAGCAGUCCGAGGUUUCAAGCGUGCAACAUAUUCAGAAACCUGUGAUAUGCUGGUCAGAUUUACUGAUGAUGCUGGUGUUUUUGAGGAUGGAAUUGAUACAGGUGGUCCAAGACGAGAGUUUCUAACUCUACUGAUGAACCAUCUUAAAGACCGACCAAUUUUUGAUGGACCAACAGGACAACGUUACUUAGUCUACAAUGCAAAUGCUCUCAGGGAGGAUGAGUACUUCUUGGCAGGAAAGAUGAUUGCGGUAUCAGUUGUACAUGGAGGCUCAGGUCCGCAUUUCCUCUCGGAAGAUCUUGUACUGUAUCUUGCAGGCCAGCCUUCAUUCAAUGCAACAGUGAAUGAUGUAACUGAAGAAGAAAUAAAGAAAGCUUUGCAAGAGGUAGGAAAAGCAUAAUGCUAUAGUAGGGCAAGGUUUAUUUAUUAGGUUCUUCAAUGCUUUGAGAAAAUCAUUACUUCAUUGAUAACAUAUAGAGUAAUGCAUUUAUUGUUCUGUGAUUGUACAAGAUAUAGGGUUAAACUAGAUAAGUAACAGAACAGAAAUUUAUGAGAUAACUGUGUAUACUGUAUAUGCCCCUCUUUUUGUGUUUUAGAUUGACUGUGCUGCUUCUGUCGAAGCUUUGCGAGAAUGUACUUUAAAACAUAGCACAAUGUUACAGACAGCUGGUUGUCUGAGAUAUGUGGCUACUCUUGAAGAAAAGAGAACAAU